AUGGCGAUCUCUCUUCUUCCCAGACCCUUCAUCUCGCUCGCUACAAGCAAAAGCUCCAACCUUUCACCCAGGGUUUUCUCCCUUAGGCUAUCAUGUUCUUCGAAUAUUCCAGAGAAGAGAUCAUUCGCUGUUGCAACCGGUGAGAAGUUCAUCGGACUCGCGUCGAGGCUUUUGAAGAGGUCCAAUCAACGGACGACGCCUGAGGUUGAUGAUGGAGAUAGAAUAGGAACAGUAAUUGAAGAUGAGGUUGAUCCAGCGACGAUAUGGAAACAAAGGGUUAAAGACGUAGAUGUUGGUAAUAUGAGAACAGAGACAAGUCAAUAG